GCUCCAGACAGAUGAGUAGGGAGCUGGCUACAGAAGAGGAACAGAUUCCAGUUUUCCAGCUGGUCGCCCUGUACAGAGAAAAACCCUCGAGAUCAAAGCUGGGAGAAAGAAGACAAGUGGUGGAGGAGUCAAUGUGUGACAUGGAACAGGUCUGAGCUGAGGAGCUGAGGGACAGUGCUGGUCAGAGAGACUUGGCAGCAGAAACUGUCUAUCCAAACCUGGAGAGAUAAAGCACAGGAGCCACUGACACACUCCCUGACGUCCUUCUCCGUUUGUCAGGAGGGAGCCGGUGGGACACAGGAAUGGCAGAGCGUCAUCCCCGCAGCAGCGAUGACAGAGACUGACGUUCCUACGAGUCUCUCCUGGCUCCUUCUCCACCAUGACUGGUGCAUGUUCAUGGGACGGUAAUGCAGGAUGUCGGGAGCAGCGGUAGAGUUUGGCUCCGUCCCACCGUGUUUUCCUUCUGCCAGCUGGGACUUUGGAUCGCCAUGACAACGCCGUGACCCUCCUGGCAAAGGUUGCCCGCUGAAAGGGUGGGCUGGGGGUGGGUGAGAAGGUCAAUGACCGGCUCCGACGGGAUCAAAAGUCGCGCCUGCAGCAAAACGACCGUGGAAGAGCCGUUGGCACGGCAAGAAGAUGAAAUUCCCCUUCCAUUGGCUUCUCGCUGAGCAGGCACAAUAACAGUUUUAUCCAGGAGACUCGCUAUACAAACUCUUUUGGUUAUGGCUACUGAUCCGACGUGAUUGGGCGCGCGGCGACUCUGGAACUCAUGACUGGAUAUACGAUGUUGCGGAAUGGGGGAGUGGGGAACGGAGGCCAGCCCUGGGUGUUGAGGUGGUCCAGUCGGAUCCGGCUCACCUGGCUCAGCUUCACCCUCUUCAUCAUCCUCGUCUUCUUCCCCCUCAUCGCCCACUACUACCUGACCACCAUCGACGACGCGGACGACGCCGGCAAGCGCAUCUUCGGGCCCCGGACCGGCAACGAACUGUGCGAGGUGAAGCACGUGCAGGACCUGUGCCGCAUCCGCGAGUCGGUCAGCGAGGAGCUGCUCCAGCUGGAGGCCAAGCGGCAGGAGCUCAACAGCGAGAUCGCCAAGCUCAACCUCAAGAUCGAGGCCUGCAAGAAGAGCAUUGAAAAUGCCAAGCAGGACCUACUGCAGCUGAAGAACGUCAUCAGCCAGACCGAGCACUCCUACAAGGAGCUGAUGGCGCAGAACCAGCCCAAGCUCUCCCUGCCCAUCCGGCUGCUGCCCGACAAGGAUGAUGUGACCUUCCCCCUGCCAAAAUCCAGCAGGAACUGCAGGCUGCACAACUGCUUCGACUACUCACGCUGCCCCUUGACAUCUGGCUUCCCAGUCUACGUCUACAACAGUGACGAUUACCCCUUUGGUAGCUCCUUGGACCCUUUAAUUAAACAAGCCUUUGAGGCGACCGUCAGAACUAAUGUUUAUGUUACUGAAAAUGCAAAUAUUGCUUGUGUGUACAUAGUUUUAGCGGGGGAGAUGCAAGAGCCCGUAAUGCCAAAACCUACUGAACUAGAGCAACAGUUGCACUCUUUGCCAUAUUGGAGGACUGAUGGACACAACCAUCUCAUCAUCAACUUGUCGAGGAAAUCGGAGACUCAGAACUUCCUCUACAACAUCAGCACGGGGCGCGCCAUGGUCGCCCAGUCCACCUUCUACGACGCGCAGUAUCGCCCGGGCUUCGACAUCGUGGUGUCGCCCCUGGUCCACGCCAUGUCCGAACCCAACUUCCUGGAAAUCCCGCCCCAGGUGCCGGUCAAGCGUAAAUACCUGUUCAGUUUCCAGGGGGAGAAGAUCGAGUCUCUGAGGUCCAGCCUGCAGGAGGUUCGCUCUUUCGAGGAGGAGAUCGAAGGCAAUGCCCCGGCUGACUACGACGACCGGAUCAUCACCACCCUGAAGGCCGUCCAGGACAGCAAGCUGGACUUCGUUCUGGUGGAGUUCACGUGUAAGAACCAGCCCAAGGCGAGUCUGCCCACUGAGUGGGCUCUGUGUGGAGAAAGGGACGACAGACUAGAGCUACUGAAGCUUUCUACUUUUGCACUGAUCAUCACCCCCGGGGACACCCGUUUGGUGAUCUCCGCCGGGUGCACCAUGAGACUGUUUGAGGCUCUGGAAGUUGGAGCCAUCCCGGUGGUUCUCGGAGAGCAGGUCCAGCUUCCCUACAACGACGUGAUCCGGUGGAACGAGGCAGCCUUAAUCAUACCAAAGCCACGUAUCACAGAAGUGCACUUCCUUCUGAGAAGCAUUUCUGACAACGAUCUCCUUGCCAUGAGGAGGCAGGGCCGCUUCCUGUGGGAGACCUACUUCUCCACCUCGGACAACGUCUUCAGCACGGUCUUAGCCGUCAUAAGGACUCGAAUCCAAAUCCCGGCCGCUCCCAUCCGAGAAGAACCCGCCGUGGAGAUCCCCCACCGCUCUGGCAAAGCUGCUGGUACAGACCCCAACAUGGCCGACAACGGUGACCUGGACUUGGGGCCUGUGGAGACAGAACCCCCCUAUGCAUCCCCCAAAUAUCUCCGCAACUUCACCCUCACCGCGAUGGAUAUCUACAGGAAUUGGAACUCUGCUCCGGGGCCUUUCCACCUCUUCCCCUACACUCCCUUUGACCCUGUUUUACCCUCAGAAGCAAAGUUUCUGGGGUCCGGGACUGGGUUUCGGCCGAUCGGUGGAGGAGCGGGUGGGUCUGGGAAGGAGUUCCAGGCUGCUCUGGGUGGCAACGUGCCCCGGGAGCAGUUCACGGUGGUGAUGUUGACUUACGAGCGGGAGGAGGUGCUGAUGAACUCCCUGGAAAGGCUCAAUGGUCUCCCCUACUUAAAUAAGGUGGUGGUGGUGUGGAACUCUCCCAAGCUUCCCUCCGAGGAUCUCCUGUGGCCGGACAUCGGCGUCCCAAUCAUGGUUGUCCGUACGGAGAAGAACAGCCUGAACAACCGGUUCCUGCCCUGGGACGAGAUCGAGACCGAGGCCAUCCUGUCCAUCGACGACGACGCCCACCUGCGCCACGACGAGAUCAUGUUCGGCUUCCGGGUCUGGAGGGAGGCCCGGGAUCGGAUCGUGGGCUUCCCGGGGCGCUACCACGCGUGGGACAUCCCCCACCAGUCCUGGCUCUACAACUCCAACUACUCCUGCGAGCUCUCCAUGGUGCUCACUGGUGCUGCCUUCUUCCACAAGUACUAUGCCUACCUGUAUUCCUACGUGAUGCCCCAGGCCAUCCGGGACAUGGUGGACGAGUACAUCAACUGCGAGGACAUCGCCAUGAACUUCCUGGUCUCCCACCUCACCAGGAAACCUCCCAUCAAGGUGACCUCCCGCUGGACGUUCCGCUGCCCCGGGUGCCCCCAGGCCCUUUCCCACGACGAUUCCCACUUCCACGAGCGGCACAAGUGCAUCAACUUCUUCGUGCGGGUGUACGGGUACAUGCCCCUGCUCUACACCCAGUUCCGCGUCGACUCCGUGCUCUUCAAGACCCGCCUGCCCCACGACAAGACCAAGUGCUUCAAGUUCAUCUAAAGGGGAGCAGCCGGAGGUUCUCCGGCUCCCACCUCCGGCGGGAAGGGCGGAGAGGGGCCGGG